GUGUACUUGCUCCUAAUUGAAUGGAAUUUCUAGCCCACUUGUCGCAUACCACAGUGCUUGUAGUACUCACUUUUCUAAGGUACAAAUACACACCGUUGUUUCCUUUUGAUAAUAAAGUUUAAGAGCCAAAGCUAAACAAUAGUCCCAUAUCUUCGAAGUGAAAGAGCAACAAUGAGUUUAUGGAAAGGAAGCAACCUCUUGUUGUAAGCUUACCCAAGGCAACAAGAAACAAAGGAUUUCUAAUCAUAUAAACCAUUUCCCUUCUAACCAUCAACAUCUGCCUCCUAUGACAAUCAAUCAGAAUUAAGCAGUAUUCAUAUCUUACAAUCAUCACUUCUCGACCACCUAAACAAGAUCCCGGCAACUACCCAAUCUAUCAACUACUUCACGAUGACUUCGCCAAAGAUGUGUAACCCUAACUUGGACGAGCCCGCGAAGACGAAGUAUGAAGUCCGACAGAUUUACAAAAGGAAGCCGGCAAACAUAGAGAUGGCUUCGCGCGAGUUAGCUCCCAUCUUCGGUCUUGGUAGCGGGUUUUUGGCCCAACAGAGGGCCCAGACCCUAUUUACCCAUCCGGCUUUCCGUGAGAGCUUCGCCGAGUUCAAGUACAAUUACCUUAGGGGACGGUGGGAUCUCCCAAUCGGCGAUUUUGAAGAAGUCCAUAAACUACUUCACAACUUGAAGGUCCGCCGGGAUCCGAUGUGGAUUGAGGAGAAAUUCCCGGACUGCACGGAAUGGGACGUCACUCAUUUCUACGCUCGAUUCGCACUUCGAACAUGGCAUGAGAUUAAAGAGAGCAAACUGGCCUUAGCAGGUUGGCUGAAAGACGUGGAAAUAUGUCCCGCGAUACAUGUGCUCGUGUUUGCGCUCAUGUAUCUACAGCUCGAGACGAUGCGAGACUAUAAGAAGGAUGCGCCUAUGAAGGACCGCAUUAACCACUUUUUGGACUCGCGGAAGGCAGAUAAACCUACCUAGAUCAAUCUACAGAAGUAGACAGUUGAGAUGGGCAUUUGCGAAUAGACUUUUCUUUCAAAGCAAUAUUUAGU